UCAUUCAUUUAUAAUAAAGAUCAGAUUGCCUUUCAUUUAACAAUCAAAUUCGUCGUUGGCAUUGAUGUUUAAUCAUUUUUACUUUUAGAUCCAAUCAUAAUUUUGAUUAGUCAAUAUUUUUUUUUUAAUAAAAACUGUUUCAACACCCAAAUUUGACAUAUAUAUUAAUGACGGCGUUUGAUUAGUCAUGAUUUAUUAUCAACGAUAACAAAUAUUGUCAACAAAUUGUAGAAAUUCUAUUCAUUAAUCUUUUAAUCAUAUCAUCGACCUGUUGAUCGAACGAAUCAAUUAUGAAUAAUCAACAGUCAUCGACAUUGAUCAAUGAUUCCAUUGAACAAAUUUCAAAUGAUGAUACUUUUACUUCGAGUGGUCAAUUUUUCGAUUCAUUUAAACCAAGAUUUAUGAUUAGUUCAACUGACGAACAAUCAAAUUACGAAGAACUUAUCGACAAUGAAGAAGACAAAUAUCGAACACUUACAACUUUUUCCGGUGUUUUUGCACCGGUAGCGUUAUCCAUGUUCAGUGCCAUUUUGUUUCUUCGUUUAGGCUAUAUUCUUGGCAAUUCUGGUCUUUAUCUAACAAUUUUUCAGCUCAUUUUGGCCUAUUCAAUCUUAUUCUUAACAGUUUUGUCUAUUUGUUCAAUUGCAACUAAUGGUGCCAUUCAAGGCGGAGGAGUUUAUUUUAUGAUAAGUAGAGCUUUAGGUCCAGAAUUUGGUGGAGCCAUUGGAACACUAUUCUUUACGGCCAAUGUUUUUUCCAGCGCUCUUUAUUUGAUUGGCUGUGUAGAAGGUAUUAUCCAUAAUUUCGGACCAUCCGGUGGAAUAUCUUCAUUUUUACCAUCAAAUUAUUGGUGGUCAUUUCUUUAUGCAUCAAGCUUAAAUUUUUUAAAUGUUGUCAUUUGUUUGAUUGGCGCCUCUCUAUUCGCCAAAACAUCAGUGUUAAUUUUUGUCAUACUUUUGGGUUGUGUCAGUUCAGUUUUGAUCAGUCUUUCUACUCGUCGAGAUUUAUCGUUUCCUGCUCCUCAUGAAAACCUCCCCUUUCGAAAUCAAACGCUCCAUUUUACCGGUUUCAGUUUAGAAACUUUUCAAGAAAAUUUGAAACCUAAUUUCACAAUUGAUUACACAACCGAUCAUACAACCUCAUUUGCCGUAGUAUUUGGUGUUUUGUUUAGCGGCGUUACCGGAAUAAUGGCAGGUGCCAAUAUUUCUGGCGAACUAAAAGAUCCAACUAAAUCAAUACCACUCGGAACGAUUGGCGGUGUGAUUUUCACAUUUAUAACAUAUCUGAUUUUAUUCUUUUUUACUGCUUUCUCUUGUCCAAGAGAAAUGUUGAUCAAUAACUAUAUUUAUAUGCAAUCAAUCGAUUACGCACCAGUAUUGGUUGCCAUCGGAAUUUUCGCUGCCACAUUCUCUGCUUCAUUAAGCAAUCUAAUUGGAGCAUCACGAGUAUUGGAAGCUUUAUCAAAAGACAAACUUUUUGGACCAUUAUUGAAUCCAAUCAAUAAGUAUUCGAAACCUGGCAAUCCUGUUUGUGCCGUGUUGAUCACAUGGUUUCUUAUUCAAUGCAUAAUUUUUAUUAACAAAUUGAAUUUGAUCGCACAAAUUACAUCUGUAUUUUUUCUUCUUUCAUAUUUCGCAACGAAUUUUGCAUGUCUUAGCUUAACGCUUACUUCGGCACCAAAUUUUCGGCCAACAUUUAAAUAUUUCAAUGGAAAAACUGCAGCCUUAGGCAUCAUUGGAACUUUGGUUAUGAUGUUUGUCAUAAACACUAUUUACGCGACUGUUACAAUUUUUCUUUGUUUGAUUCUUGUCAUCAUUCUGCAUAUUCGUUCACCACCUUUUCGUUGGGGUUCUAUUACACAAGCUCUCAUCUUCCAUCAAGUCAGAAAAUAUCUUUUAAUUUUGGAUAACAGAAAAGAUCAUGUGAAAUAUUGGCGUCCUCAUAUUCUUCUUAUGGUUUCUAAUCCAAGAUCUUGUGUCCCAUUGAUUCGUUUCGCAAAUGAUUUGAAAAAGAGUGGAUUAUUCAUCAUUGGAAAUGUUAAAUUGCAAAAAUUGGAUAAUUUCGAUAUUGAUCCGGUCAUAAAUGAAUCACCGUUGUGGUUGAAACUUCUUGAUAUGCUUUCGGUGAAAGCAUUUUUUGAAAUAACUAUGGCCGAUUCUGUUCGAGAAGGAUUUCAUCAUCUGGUCAGAAUAACCGGUUUAGGAGCAAUGAAGCCUAAUACAAUUUUUCUUGGAUUUUAUGACGAUCAACCACAAAUUGAUUUUCUGCAAGACGAUCCAAAUUUUUUCUGCAUAAAAACAUCACUUCCCGAUAGUGUUCCUGAUUUUCCACCUAUACGAUCAAAUGGAUCGAAAAAUCAUUCGGAAGAGUCAUAUGUAACCAUUUUAUCAGAAUCAAUCUACAAAUUUAAGAAAAAUCUUUGUAUUGGUCGUCAUUUCAAUACCUUUAACAGAGCUAAAAUUCCUAAUCUCAAAAACAAAAUCAUUGACAUUUGGCCGGUAAAUUUUUUUCACCGUACCGGAGAAUUGUCCGAUAAUUCAUGGAAAUUCAUUUUGCAGUUGGCUUGUAUAUUACAAAUGGUACCUGGUUGGAAAAAUUCCACCAAUCUUCGAUUAUUAUUAUCGGACAAUUUUAAAAAUACAAUGCUAAUGAAAACCCGAUGGGAACAAAGAUUACGCAUGUUACGUAUUGAUUGUCAAUUAGAAAUUAUCAAUUGGGAAGAGAAUACAUUAGGUCCAUAUGAAAUCGAUUUCAUAACUACAACCGAUUGGGAGAAAGAAGAUUAUUUUCAGAAAAUCAAUUCAUUCAUUCGAUCUUAUAGUGAACAUUCAAAUCUAGUUUUUCUUCAUCUCCCUUCUCCACCAAAUAAUCGUAAUGGUUAUAAAGAAUAUCUCAAAUAUUUGACUUUGAUCACCGAGAAUCUUCCUCCAACAAUCAUGGUUCAUGGUAUUACCGAAGUUACAUCUGACUCGUUGUGAUGACUUUAAAAAUUUUCAAUUUUAAUUUAAUUUAAAUAAUGUAAUUUAACAAAUUUUUUAAAAUUUU